CACACACUUCUGACCAACAUUUUCCUCCUCUCUUUCUUCAGACUGUUCGAAUUGAGCAUAUUUGUUUUUGAAAUCAUUUCUUGCUUCCUGUCACUGCACUCUUGCCACAUCCUGAGAGGCUGUCACAGUUGACACGCUCACAUGCAUUUCCUGCAUCUCAACAUCUUGUGCAUAAAACUAUUAGAAGUUGGCUACAACCAUGGUGAGCUUCUGUCCUAUAUGUGGGAAACCUGUUUAUUUUGGUGAGAAGAGGAGGUCUUUGGGACGGGAUUAUCACCCAUUAUGCUUGAAGUGUCACAAGUGUAAAAGACAGCUAACACCUGGUCAGCAUGCUGAGCAUGAUGAGAAGCCAUACUGCACUAACUGCUACAUGAGAGAUUUUGGACCCAGAGGUAGCCGAAACCCUGUUGCUCGGACCUUUAACACAGCUGCUUCUUAAGAGAGAUCCUGCAAUCUUGAGAAACACACAGCAUCUAGAUCUACAACACAUCUACAGUAUCUUUACACUGCCACGCACAGUAAACCAUUGGAAAAUACAGCCAAGUUGAUCUCUUCUAACCACAGAAUAAAAUAUAACUCCGCCCUUAUGUUUCCAUUCAUCAUAAACUCAUAAAAAUAGCCAGAACCUACCAAACCAACAGCCAUCCACGUUGGCAUUCUCUCAGGGAACUGAGCUACUUCAUAUGUUUAUUCUAGAAUGCCAUGAUUACAGAGUUAUGGCAUUUCAUUGAACAUAAUUCUAGAAUUAAGUUGUGUCUUUCCUGUUGCAUAAUUUCCUGGCCUUUAGAAUGGGAGAUGCAGACAAACUAGUUAUGAAAAGUGUUGGCAUGUAGCUCAUCAUGUGUUUUUGGUUUAAAAAUACAAAGUCAACACUCUGUUGUACCAUUAAUUAAUUGAUUAACUUGAAACACAAUGUAAUUUUUUUGUGUGUUUUAUUAUUGUUUGUUUUUUUUUGUUUUUUUUUCUGGGAUUUUGAGGAUCAGAGACUAUAAAACAAAGGGUUUUUUUCAUGAGGCAGCAAAUGUAUCUACAAAGCAAAAAUGACAAUAAUUAAUCAUUGUGUCUUUUUAAUUGGAAGCAGAAGCUUGCGUCCCAAACCUCAUGGCGCAUAUGUGAUGGCUUUAUCAUUUUUGUUAGUUCAGGAAGAAUACAUAUUUGAUUUUAUCUGGGUUUUUUUUUUCUCAUUAGUUCGUUGAACAGAAGUGUCACUCAGAGAACUGCCAGCUAUCGUAUUGUCAACUCAUUAAAUCAGAAGUAUAAUUUCAUGUCUCUUAUCCUCAAAUCCAUAAAAUAAACUGUAAAAAAAUAAUAAUUUAAUAACUAUGUUUUUAUUGAACGUUUUUUAAUGAAAAUUGGAUUUGAAUAAAGAUUUAUACCUCAAAAUGCAA